AUGACAUGUGUCAAAGAUGGUGGUGCGGGUGGGGUGUCUGCUUGGCUGUCAGAGGUCGCGGAACUUGUGGCGAGCGACGUUGUCGUGAGAGAAGUCGUCGUGAGUGAAGUUGUCGUGAGUGAAGUUGGUACUGGCUGUAUUGUGACCAAGAUUGCAGACUCGACUCUAUCAGACGUUGGUUGGCCAUUUUGUAAUGUUGUUCCAAUGAUGCUCCUGUCAACAUUGGUACUCGAUGGGCACGGACGCUUGCUUUGGUAG